AUGUCUCCAGCAUCAAUUCCCCCCUUCCUCCUUCCCCGAGGCCUCCCCACGGCCCGAACCCUCCGUACCCUCCAGCAAACAACCCAACACACCAGCAACGGACUGUCCACCACAACCCGCCGCUGCUUCUCCGAGACCCGGAGCGUCGCCGCGCGACCCAAGAAGAUCACCGACAAAUCGCGCGUACUCUCCCAGCCCGACAAAUUCCGUCCCCCGUCGCACCCGCAACGUCUCGUGAAUCCAGGUCGUGUCGCGCCGACGGGACAACCAGUCAAUUAUGGCCGGGCGUUGACUGCAGAGGAGCGCGCAGCGCAGGAUAAGAAGCAGUAUCCGAAUAUGUUCCCGCCGGAGGGGACGGUGAUGUUUAAGUUCCUGACAUCGAGGUGGAUCCAUAUCUGGAUUGCGAUGGGCACUCUAACCACCCUCGCAACUUUCACCUUUACCACCAACUUCAAAGCAACCUCCCCCUUCGCCCACCUGCUUCCUUCCUGGUCCGACCUCUUUACCCACCCCAUCGAUACCCUUUCCCAAGCAAUGCACGUUUACCGCAUGCACGUGCAACACGAGUCCAUGCGCGUCCGUGAACAGCGCCACCGUCGUGUCGAAGACGCCGAGAAGCGCCGCCAAUACCGUAUCGCACAUGGUCUGGAGGAGGCGCCUGAGAAUCAGGGUUCGGCUCCCGUUCAGGCAGGUGACGAUGCGCAGUCGCCCGUUGCGGUGGAUGGUGUGGGUGCCACGGCUGCUGGAGAUGCUGCGGGUGUUGGUGGCGAGGAGUUCGUUGAUUGGGAGGGAAAGAGGAAGCCUGUGAAGAAGUGGCUUGGUAUUUGGUGA